AUGGUGCGGAUGCGGAUUCUUAGUCCGAAAAAAUUCAGUUGCGGAAGAAGACGAAAAAAAAUAUUGAUGAGCCAGAAGGGCAGUCGUGUAUCGAGUAGAAGCUUGAUGGUUUUCUCGAAAGGUUCGUCUUCUUGCGCCGUCCCAGUUCCUAAGUAUCUUUUCUCGCGCCGGAGCUUUUUUCCUACUUGCAGCGCAUUGAGCUUGUAUUCUCGAUUUUGGCGUCAGGCGUCGAUCUGGCUUUAGUAGAAGAUCGAGAUCCAGUUGGCGUUCUAAUUCUUGCGUUGUUUUCAUCUCCUACGUCGGGAUCAAGAAAAAGAGCAAUUGGACACAAGAACACAGAUCUUUGAAAACUGCAGAACUUCAAUACAGUCGUUUCCUGAACCAGAAGCACGCACGACGCACUUUAAGUUUUACAACAUACGCGUCGGCUCUUGUACUAACACGAAG